CCUGGCACCCCCACCCCUGGCACCCCGACCCCUGGCACCCCGACCCCCCGUACCCCCACCCGGGGUAGCCCCACCCCGGACACCCCCCCUGACCCCGCCGCGGGGCCGGGGCCGGGCAGCGGGGAGGCGGCGACUCCCCAGGGUGGGGAGGGAGCUCGGGAAGCGGGGGGCGAUGGGGGUGAAGGGAAGGACACGAGGGGUGAAGGGGAGGAUACGGGGGGUGAAGGGGGGUGCGCGGGGGGAGAGGCUGCCGGGGACAGCGGGGCAGAAGCACCCAGGGGUGCCGGGGGCGAUGCCGGGGAGGCUGGGGAAGGUGGUGGCAAUGCCGAGCCAGGGACAGCCGGGGGCACCGGAGGGGGUGCCGAGGAGGGUACCGGGGGAGAAGCGGCACCGGCAGCAGCGGGCAACACCCGGCGCCGACAGGAGCCCACUUGGCUUCAGGACGACGACGACGAGCUGUGGCCUGAGUUCCCUCCCUGCUCGUCCCCAGAGGGGGCCACCAGCCCCACAUCCCCUAUGUCCCCAACGUCCCCUAUGUCCCCAACGUCCCCUAUGUCCCCAGCAUCUCCAGCGUCCCCCACAGCUGGCACCACCGAGGACACGGGGGGCAGCAAGAGGGGUGCUCCAGAGAGGGGGGCACGGGACAAGGCAGCCCCCGGUUCACUGGGACAGAGGCUGAAGCUGGAGGGGGCUGGGGGACGGCCACGAGUGGGGUCCCGGGCACAGGGGCGCAGCGCCAUCCUGGAGAAAUUCGGAGGGGCUGCCAAGGGCCCAGCCCCACACCUGCGGCGCUCAGGGGGUGCCACCACGGUCAAGACGAUGCUGCUGGAGUGGUGCCGUGCCCGCACCCGUGGGUACGCGCACGUGGAUGUGCAGAACUUCUCGGGGAGCUGGGGCAGCGGCCUGGCCUUCUGCGCCCUCCUGCACAGCUUCUUCCCCGACGCCUUCGACUUUGCUGCCCUGGAGCCCAACGCCCGCCGGGAGAACUUUGCCCUGGCCUUCGCCACUGCCGAGGAGCGGGCGGGCUGUGCCCCGCUGUUGGAAGUGGAGGACAUGGUGCGGCUGCCGGUGCCCGACGCCAAGUGUGUGUACACGUACGUGCAGGAGCUGUACCGCUGCCUCGUGGCCAAGGGGCUUGUGAAGACCAAGAAGCGCUGAGAGGGUCCCCCACAGCCCCCCACCUGUGCCAUCCCCCUCUUUGUCCCCUGCUCUGUCGCCCAGCAGUAAAGUUCAUGGUGCCA